AUGAGAAAAUUUGAUGAUUAUUUUGGUAUUGCAAUAUUAUUUAGUUCAUUUGUUGCAGGUAUUUUUUAUAGUUGUAAUUAUAAAAAGAAAAAUGGAAUAAUAAGUAUUAGUAGUACGAUUUGUUAUUGUUAUUUAUGUAUUGGAUGUAUUAUAAUAGGUGGAAUUUAUUUUGUAUGGGUUAUAUUCAAUCAAAAAAGGAUAUUAUCAAAUAUAGAUAAGAGAAAUAAAAUUAAAUCAAUAAUAUAUUAUGUAUUAUCUUGGAUACCAUUUUUCAAUUUAUUUAUUACAUUAAAUAAAAUUCUUGAAUGUAAUAAUAAAACAAUUAAAUAUACUGUUACAUUUGUUUUAUUAAUAUUUCUAUUAUUUCCUUUUUGCUAUUUUAUCUAUUACUUAUUUAGUAUUACCAAUGAUGCAUCUGAAGGAGGGAAAGAUAUGAUUCCUUAUUGGGUAUUAUUUAUCCUUUCUUUUAGUCCACACGAUUUAAAUAGAAACCAAGAAAAGGUUACUCAAGAAGAGAAUGAAAGUAAUGAGAAUAAAAUUAAACAAGAAGAACAAAAAACAGAAGAAAGUAAAUUAAGACAAAAGAAUGAAAUACAAAAAAGAGAUAAUCAAGAAUGUAGUCAAAGUAAUAGGAAUAAAAACAAAGAAAUAAACAGAAUAGUUCAACGUUCAUACCUUUUAAUUAUCAUUGUUAUAAUUGCUAUUUUUGUAAUUAUUUACAUUCUUAGUUUUAUUACUGCUUAUUUGAAAAUAUCUUUAUAUAAUGGUACUGAACACCAAGAAAAUAUGGACAACAGCAUUUUAAUUAACCUUGACAAUAAACAAAGUUAUACAUAUGAAAUAUAUAAUGGAGUAGUAUAUAAUAAUUCAUUUAUUAAUAAAACAAAAAUAUUUGAACAAGAAAGUCAACAAGUAGAAUCACCAUCGAGAGAUGAUGUUAGAAGUUAUUCUCAUCUUUGUGCUAAAGACGCUUAUAGUAUUACACCAAAAGAGUAUGCAUGUUUGAGUUAUUUAGCGUAUUCAAAUCAAUUAAAUGAAUCAUAUGAAUAUGAAAGAAUUUCAGUAUAUCUUCAAGAAAAAGGUUGGUCAAUUAAAUUUCAUGAUGAAGAAAUUCUUCAUUAUUUGGUAGCAAAUAAUACAAAAAAUGGAGUUAAAGUAAUUGCAUUUAGAGGUACAAAUUCAGUUUCUGAUAUAAUCGGUGAUAUUCAAUUAUUUACAGAGUCAGUAAUUCCACAAAUAUCUGUUAUAAUAACUCAAUUAUUUACAAAACAAAGUAUGACAAAAUUAAGUAAUUUUCUCUCAUUUUUUGGGUCAAAAGCUUUACCAAACAAUCCUUUCUAUUUAGUUACAAUUGCAAAGAAAAUAGUUGAAAGACAUCAAAAGAUGGAACCAAAAAUACCAAUUAUACUUACUGGACAUUCCCUUGGAGGAGGAGUUGCAAAUAUUGUUGGAAGUAAUAUGAGUUUAUUGAGUUUUGGAAUAUCACCUCCUGGUAUUUAUUUAGGUAGAAAGGGUCUUGAAUUGAAACAAAAAAAUAUUAAUUUAUAUACUCGAGCUAUUAUACCUGAUAGAGACAUUAUUGCACUACUUGGAAUAAAUGGAGGUUCUCAAAUAACACUUCCUUGUUACGAACAUUUCUGGAAUUGUCAUGGAAUUGAUACUUCACUUUGUUCAAUUGGAGCAAUGUGUCGUGAAAAAGAAUUACUUCCUUUAUGUUUGCCGAAAUGGAUCAACUGGGGAUUUAAUGUCUCUGAAUGGUAA